AAGGGGCUGCCCCCAUGAACAGGCAUUCUCUCUCUACUUAUAUAGUACUAUGUAGUUGACUGAACCAGCUGGACGGCCCCUUGGUGUGUAGUAUAUUUACUUGUAUGCCUGGCCUACCUUCGUUUGCCUCGGCGUAGCACAUGUGCACGUAUGCAGGAAGUUCAAACCCGAGGGAACGGUCUUGGCGAGUUGCCGCCCAAAUCUUUGAUCGUCUAUAGACUAUCUGGCGACGUGCGCGUUCUUGCCUGUGUGUCGGUCGCAUGGGAAACGGACGCGAUGUAUCCCUGCCUCGCAGACUGUCGCCAUCAUCCGUGCACGGGUGAACCGGGGGGGAUAUGGUGUUUGUGCAAUGCGUUUUUUGGUCCCCCUUGGCCCUUGGGCUCCCGCAGCGGUGUGAGCGGCAGAUGCUGGGAGACGGCGACGAUGACGACGGGAUAUGAAGUGAGAGGAGUGGGCAAGACAGAGAGAGAGAGAGAGAGAGAGAGAAAUGCGGGGCGCAUUAGCUUUUCAUGUCGUUGCAGGGUCGGCCCCUGCCAAAGAUGCCACCGAAGCAGAAAAAAAGAAGGAAAAAAGAAGGAAAAUGGCCUUGACGGGGGAUCUACCGAGGAAAUCGGCCGGAGAGGGGAGGAGUCGGCGCUUCCCGGCGGGUUCGGGAAAGUCGGCUUCUGCGGGAGCAGACUGGGGCGGCGGCACGAAUAGAGACAGACGGAUGGAUGCCAGCGGUGAAGGAUGUGGGCGGCGGCGACGCAACAAAUAAAAGACGCAAUAAAGGAAACCUCACCAGGUGUACGGAUAUAAGCUUUGAUUUGCUGGAAAUUAUUGAUCGAUCGUACAUCAAGGAUGGAGGGUAACAUCACCUGAAGCUGGCAGCGCCCCCCCCCCCCCCAUUUCUCCUCUCUCUCCUCUCUCCACCCGGUUUUCUAUCUUUACAAUUUUGAGAGAUAGCGAGUGAGGCGAUACGGAGUAUCUGAACUCGUAAUCACUUUCUCCGGCCUUCUCAGCCACGCCGUUUGUCCUCCUCAC